AUGCGUUACUAUUACGAGCGUCAUAUGAAGUGCCACCUGGCGGAGAAGGAGCACCAAUGCCCCUACUGCCCCUUCAGAGCCUCCUACAAGUGGAACCUCAAGAGCCACAUUGGCCUCCUUCCUCUCCCCCGGCGUGAGUACCGCUUCCACGGCCAGGUAGACUCACCUUACCGCUGCUGCUGGUGCGGGAAGACCUCCACCACCCGCUAUGAUUACCAGAAACACCUCAGAACUCACACAGGAGAAAAGCCCUUCCUCUGUCCCGUCUGUCCUUUCCGAACGGGGGAUCGCUCAAGCCUCUCUAAGCACGCUGGGGUGGUCAGGCUGGACGCGGGGAGGGUGGUAAAGGGGAGCGGCAUAACUCCCGUGUAUUAUCUUGACCGGGUGGAGAUGCUGCAGUGUCCCCUCUGCGGCCGUGUCCUCCACAACCGCGGCAGGUUCAGGAGCCACCUCGAGUAUUGCCGCCGCGCCUCCAACCCUCAGUUCACCUGCCAAACCUGCCACAAGUCCUUCGCGUACCGUAAAGACCUGGAGAAGCACGAGCGCACACACACUGGGGAAAGGCCCUACACGUGCCAUUACUGUCCCUUCAGGUUCGCAGACCGCAGCAGUCUGGUGAAGCACCGCCGUAGGCACCACCCGUCACCGCCGCCGCCCCCGUAA